AGAAUGUUUGACCAACUACUACUCGUCUACUACUCUACCAUAAUAAGAAAAAACCUGACUUAUGGCUUUUCUUCCUCUGUUUUUCUCAAAUCUUCAAAACUCCAUAAUUUCAUGUCAUACUUUCAAAAUCCCAAAUUUCCAUAUUCAAUGUUCUUAAUAUUCCACCAAUCUAUAAUAAUUAAUACCCAAAAACCCAAUCUUCAUCUAUGUGUUUCUCUCUUUUCAGAUCAAAAUCCAAGAAUUCAAACAUUCAACCUAAAAAAUCUUCACAAAAUUUAACCCCAUCAAAAAAAAACCCAGUAUUAAAUUCUAGCUCAAGUAGAAGCCAAACUAAUAGUAAAAGCAAUGAAUUUAACACCUUUAAUAACUCAAAAUCAUCUUCAAUUUCAAUUUCAAGUAGAACUUCAUUAUCAAGUCUCAAAGAUUCUCUCCCAGAAAAUCCCCAUAUUUAUGAUUUAUCUGAAAUUCGUUCUGCAACAAAAAAUUUUCUAUUAAAACCCAUUUCAUCUUCAUCUUCUUCAGCUUCAUGGAAAUGUUUAAUUGAUAAUAAACUAUCAAUUGUAACACAACGCAAACUUCGACGGUCCAUUGAUAAUUCGGAGCUCAAGAAAAAACUCUCUCUCAUCUGUAAGUCUCACCAUGCGAGUUUAGUGAAGCUUCAUGGUGCUUCUGUUAGUGGGAAUUAUGUUUAUCUUGUUUAUGAAUUUAUAAAUGGUGCUAAUUUGAGUGAUUGUUUAAGAAACCCUAGAAACCCUAAUUUUACGGUUUUGUCAAAUUGGGUUUCUAGGGUUCAAAUUGUUGCUGGAAUUGCUGAUGGGUUGGAUUAUAUGCAUAAUUGUGUUGGGUAUAAAACUGGGUUUAUUCAUAAUCAUAUAAAAAGUAGCUCAAUUAUUAUAUGUGAUGAGCCUGCUUUAGUUGCUAAGAUUUGUCAUUUUGGGACUGCUCAAUUAUGUGGGGAGGUUCCUGAAUUGAUUGAUGAGGGAGAUGAUGAGGGUUUGGAUUACCAAGUUAUGAAAAGGGUUGGUAGUGCAAUAGGGAAGUUUGAAGGAACAAGAGGUUAUAUGUCGCCGGAGUUUCAAAUAACGGGUGUUCCAACGUUGAAAUCGGAUGUUUUUGCUUUCGGGGUGGUUGUGUUGGAGUUGUUGUCCGGGGAGGAGCCGUUGAAGAUUGAUACAGGGAGAGGCGGUUUUCGGAAGGUUUCGUUGAUUGAGACGGCUAGAGAAGUGGUGGAGAGUGAAGGCGGGCGAUUGAGACAGUGGAUUGAUAGGAGGUUGAGAGAUUCGUAUCCGGUUGAGGUGGCAGAGCGGUUGGCUCGAGUGGCGUUAGAGUGUAUUCAGGAGGAUCCCGGCAAAAGGCCAGAUAUGGGUAGAGUUGCUGGUUGGAUAUCUAAGUUGUACUUGGAAUCCAAGACAUGGGCUCAAGGUAUUGGUCUUCCUGAUGGAAUCAGUGUUUCAUUGGCCCCUAGAUGAUACAUUUGGUAUUUGGAAUGUGUGAUUUUGCAACAUUAUAAUUGACUGAAUUCAUUAUACUAACUCAUAUGCUUAGUCUUUCCUCGAAUGUGUGUCAAAAUCGGUGGCGUUUCGACAUGGAUAUGGGCACAUCAAGACUCAAUUUAGGAUCAAAAUCAUUGUAAAUUCUUACAUGUGUAUCCAACAUAAGCACAGGAGAUGUUAUAGUGUUUAUAUCAAUGUGCAGUGUGCUCUCAAGCCAAUCAAAUGGUACUUUUGUACAUUGCUUUUGUUUUCAAGACGGACACUCGUUUUCGCUCCUAAUAUUGAGCAUAGUGUAGAGCACCAAAAGCAUCAAAAUGCUGCUAGAAAACAUAUCUCAUAAAGCUUGAGAAUCGGGAUCCUCGAAACAGCCGGAAAAUCCUGCAAGAACUUACAUCAACCAUUACCACAUACCCACGACGGCGUUCAACGGUUCAACCCAUGUUAAUUCCGGCUACAUAAGUUGUUGAGAUCCUGGAGAAUUGAGAUAGUGUGUACAAUUUGUUUGCUAAAAUAUUCAAAGAGGAUGAUGUAUAUUGAAACCGAUGUGUUUAUUCUUUACAAUUGUCUAUAAGAUUAGCUCUCGUUUUCGCAA